GUGAUUCAUUACCAACAGAUUCCAGUUCCACCUCAAGCCAUAAUUUAUUCAGCUGUUGUUAUUCUCCCAUAGUAUAAGGUGUACCGUCUGGAUGGGAACCGCCAUUGCUUCGACAUGGACGCAAGGGAGGCGGGAAUAAGACAUCUUGAGAAGAAUUUAAUCUAACUCGGACUGGUACAACGAUUGAAUGUCACUGUCUUGAAGUACUCGUCCAUUCUUAUUUUUGAAGGUCUUUGUUUAGGAUAUCAAAGAAUAGGUAUCCACCUCCCGGAAAGCUGCAGCGAAGCUAGAAACUUCACAUCCUACUACCUUUAAUACACCCGUCUGAUCCGAGAAAAUGGCAAUAGCUCCUUGGGGUAUACCCCCGAGAGAACAAUCGUAUAUGCCACAUACUUCUUCGCCUUUAAAUCCGUCAAAUCCCAAGGCAUCGCUGAGACGACAGAAGCGGGAUGAACAGAGCCGAACCGUAAAGCACGAGCAGAGUCCUACGCAGAGGUUGAUGCGCCAGAAGGCUGCGCGCGCAUGGAGGACGAUGUCUUCUCGGGAUUCCACCAGUGCAAGCCACGCCCGAACUACACAUAACGAUGGUGAUAAUAUGAUAUCGAGAGAGCAAAUAAAUGGUUCUCAUCCCGGUCACUCUCGUACAGAGUAUCUCCCAGAGAGCAAAUAUCAGGACGACAUACCAAGUAUACGGCAAAUCGAUAUGGAGAAGCAAGCAUUUGCUGAUGGGAGAUAUCGGGAAGAAUGGCCACCAGAGAGGAAUUACCCUUUCCAUUCUUCAACGACAAAGCGUUUAAUAAUAAUCAUGGCGAUUUUAUGUAUUGUUGGAACUGUAUCGGCAUUGCGUAUAGUCGCAAUCGGCAGAAUUCAGGCUUGGCGGACAUGAUAAUCAUACCUCUUGUUUAUGCGAAUGGAUAACUUUUUUUUCUGUUACUUACCUCCCCAGGUAAAUUUCACCACAGAAUGAAGAGUCAGGUCCGUUUAUCUAUCCC